UUCUUAUACUUUCCCUUACCCUUAAGACCUACGAAAUAAUAAAUUUUUAAAAAAUAAGAAUUCUAGAGAAUUAACAGUGAAGAAUUAAAGAAUUGAAGUAUUAACUUAAUAAACAUAUUCUUUAAUUUGAACUACCUUAAAUAUUAAGAAAAAACCUAUGAAAGUUUCUGGACGGCUAGGUAUAUCAAAAAAAUGGGAUCAUUGUGAGCUCUGUACAGCUGAAACAGCACCAAAAGACAAUGAAAUUACUUGGAUUCAAUGUACCCCAUGUAGUCGUUGGUAUCAUGUCAAAUGUAUAGGAGAACUUUAUUGUAUUGAUGCAAUUAAAGAUUAUCAUUGUCGUUUUUGUGAACCAGUUUAUGGAAUUUCAACAUAUCAUCCUCAGAGAAGAAGAUCAUCAAGGCCUCGUUCUUUUGUAGAUUAUAUCUCUUUAGAUCAAGGAGAUGUUGCUAUGUCAGAUCAACAUGCCUAUACAGUAAUGAUAGAAAAUAAGACAUUUAGUAAAGACACUUUUAAAAGAAUAAGAGGCUCGGAGUUAACGAAAGAAUGGGCGGAAAAUGAGGGAUUUAAUGAACCAGUUUUAAUUCCAACAGGAUGGGAUUAUGACGGACUAGAAAUGCAAAUUCCAAAAGAUUUGACGGUUCAAAAGGUUUUACAGAUUUUGGGACCACAUGAAAAAAUAGAAGUGAUUGAUGUACCUUUACAAAAAGAAAUAUCUGGUUGGUCACUAGGAAAAUGGGUAGAGUAUUAUGAAAAACCUCCGGAGAAACGUGAAAGAAUAAGGAAUGUUAUAAGUUUAGAAAUUAGUUUUUCAAAAUUGUCUGAAUACAUUGUUCGACCAAAGUUUGUAAGAGAUCUUGAUUUUGCUGAUCGUAUGUGGCCUAAAGAUUUGAAAGAAAAGGGUGUGUUUCCAAAAGUACAAUUAUACUGUCUUAUGUCUGUUAAAAAUUCCUUUACAGAUUUUCAUAUUGAUUUUGGAGGGACCUCAGUAUUUUACCAUAUCAUUAAAGGUUCGAAAACAUUUCUUUUUAUUGCUCCAACUCAAAUAAAUCUUAAAAAAUAUGAAAAUUGGUGUCUUAGUUCAGAUCAAAGUAAAAUAUUUCUUGGAGACCAGGUAAAAGAUUGUAUAAAAGUUGAUUUGAAGGAAGGAGAUACAAUGUUAAUUCCUUCGGGAUGGAUUCAUGCAGUUCAUACACCGUCUGAUUCACUUGUUUUAGGAGGGAACUUUUUAACUCAUCUUCAUAUUGAAAUGCAGUUAUCAAUAGCUGAUCUUGAGCGGCGCACUAAAGUACCACAAAAAUUUAAAUAUCCGUUUUUUGAAAAACUUCUUUGGUUUUCUACGUUACACUAUUUAUCUAUACCCCUUGAGCAUACUGAGAAUUUUGAUCAUUAUUUACAUCAUAAGAAAAUUUCAAAUAUAGAUGAGCAAUCAAAAAAUAGAAAAAUACAUGAAAAGGAAUUAGCAGGUUGUGAAAUGCUAGCUAAAUAUUUAUUUAUACAUGCUCAAAUGGCAAAAGGGCUAGCACCAAUUACAGCAAAUGGAGAGAAACUAAACAUGCCAACACAGAGACAACUUCGUGCUAUAAAACUAGAAUUACCUUUUCAAUUUUUUUCAGGGGAUUUCGUAGAAUUAGCAAAAGCGUUUGGAAGAUGGACCUACUAUAGGAAAAAAUUAAGUUAUGCAGAAUUUCCAAAAUGGUGUUUACCCGGUCCUCUUGCAUCUUUUGAUUUAAUAUCUAAUAAUAUUCCUAAACAAAAAAAAAAUAGCAAAAUUGCAUCUAAGAAGAAAAAAAAUACUGUUUGUCAAUUUGAUACUACUUUAAAUAUUCAAGCAAAUAAUAAACGAAAGAAUGAUUCAAAUUAUGAAGGGAUUUUAAAACAGAAUCCUUCGAAAAUAUUAAAUCAUAAUCUUUCCUUACAUUCAUCAAGACCAAUAUAUUUUGUAAAAUUUGAAGAUAACAAAAAAACAAUUAAAAUAGAAGAUAACAAAAAAGCAAUUAAAAUAGAAGAUACCCAAAUAUCUAACUUAAUUUCUCCUGAAUUCAAAGUAGAUGAACAAAAAAAUAUCUCACAAUCAAAAUUGGCAUCAUAUAAUAUUUUUUCUGACAAUACAGUAGAUAAUGCUACUAAACAAGCAAUAAAAGCAGCUAUGUUUGGGCUAAGACACAAUGAAACAGGGCAAACUAUUCCAGAAAUAACAUCUAUAAACAAUUUUAACUAAAAGA